AUGGGCUUUAUUACUACCCAUAUCCCGUACUUCGGAAGACCAACUACUCUACGAGUUCACGAAAACUAUGUGGAGCCUGUGCAGAUUGCUAAUGAGAAUCAAGUGGGAGUGGCUGAUGAGGACAAGAACAAAAAAAUCAUCGUUCCACAAAUGCCAACAUGGAAGAAAUACGCGCGAAUAGUUCUGCCCCAUGUUGGACUCAUUCUUCUUUCUCUUCUUUACGUUGUAGGAGGAGCUGUUGCAUUUUAUCACAUGGAACGUCCGAAUGAGAUGGCUGUUCGGGAAUCGGCAAUUCGGCGAUUCAAUCAGCACAAGGAAAGAAUGCUGGAUGAGCUGUGGGCCUUGGUAGAGUCCGGUGCUCCUCCAGAUUUGAUCGAAGAGCGAGCAAACUUGUACGUGGAAAAUUCUACUCGCAUCCUUUUCGAGGCUUUUGACACACAUUUCAUUAGUGCGGCUCUGCUGAAGCCCGGUGGUGAGGAUGAAGCGUAUUCGUGGACGUUUAUCACAGCCCUGUUCUUCACUGCUACGCUUCUCACGACUAUAGGUUACGGUAAUCUCGUGCCAGUGACAUGGCAUGGACGAAUGUUUUGCAUUGCAUAUGCGCUACUUGGAGUACCUCUCAUUCUUAUUACUGUAGCUGAUAUUGGCAAAUUUUUGUCUGAAAACAUUAUCUGGUUAUAUUCAAGAUACUCGAAAGCACGAAAAAAUUGUCGGAAUCACAACUACACAGCUCUACCGACCAAAGACGAGCGUACUCGAGAUGGAGAGCAGCUCAUGCCGGGUCUUGAGCAAUACAUCUCCAUCCCAGUCGCACUAAUUGUCAUGAUAUUGCUCGGCUAUAUGGCUGUCGGCGCUGUACUUUUGGGAUCUUGGGAGAAUUGGCCUUUCUUCUCGGGAUUCUAUUUUUCCUUCAUAACAAUGACCACCGUUGGUUUUGGAGACAUUGUUCCAAUCAAUAGAGAAUUCUAUUUGCUUGAUCUUUGCUACAUUAUUGUUGGGCUGGCUAUUACUACCAUGUGCAUUGAUCUGGUUGGCAUACAGUACAUACGAAAAAUUCACUACUUCGGAAGAGCCAUAAAGGAUGCACGAUUCGCUUUGGUAAACGUAGGUGGUAAAAUGGUACACGUACCGGAUCUGAUGAGAUACGCAAGUGUUCUACAACAGAAAUAUGGUCACAAGAAAGCACAGGAGACAGUGAUAGUGAAGGGAGCCUAUGCACCGAAAGAUAUCAAUAAAAUCAGAUUCAUUGAUUAUGGCGCUUUGGCUUCAGUGGAAAGUCUCCAGACUAUUUUCUCCAAUAUAAUGAAUACAAAAACUGAGCCAGCAGCGGUUUGA